CUCUGGCAUGACAACAUGAAUUCACCUUACACAGCUGUGCAGUAUUACCCCGAGUUUCCCUUUCGGCGACUCAGGGACCCUUCAGCUCGUCUGUCCUGGAGAGAGGGCUCAUUCCUCACCACCAUGUCCCAGAAUCAGGCAGCACAGACAACUGACUUAUUCAGCCAAGAUGUGUUCAACCAGCUGUUUGAUAUGCUCGACCAAUCUGCCAUUCAUUCAGUCCAGCCCAUCGAGCUGAACUUCAGCGACAGUCCGGCCGACGGGUCGGCAGGAAACACCAUUCAGAUCAGCAUGGACUGCAUAACCAUGCGUGAGCCGGAUGAACCGCUUUCUUCACAGUACACAAACCUGGGGCUCCUGAAUGGUAUGGAUCAGAACAUCCAGAACGGUGGCUCGACCUCCACCAGCCCCUACAACAACGACCACGCGCAGAACAACGUGACCGCCCCGUCGCCCUACGCCCAGCCCAGCUCCACCUUCGAUGCCCUUUCCCCCUCACCGGCCAUCCCGUCCAACACAGAUUACGCAGGCCCACACACCUUUGACGUGUCCUUCCAGCAGUCCAGCACAGCAAAGUCUGCCACCUGGACGUAUUCGACCGAACUGAAGAAGUUAUACUGCCAGAUCGCCAAGACAUGUCCCAUUCAGAUCAAAGUGCUCACCACUCCUCCCCAGGGUGCCGUGAUCAGAGCCAUGCCUGUUUACAAAAAAGCUGAACACGUGACCGAGGUGGUGAAACGCUGCCCGAACCACGAGCUCAGCCGCGAAUUCAAUGACGGUCAGAUAGCGCCGCCGAGCCACCUGAUCCGCGUGGAGGGAAACAGCCACGCCCAGUACGUGGAGGACUCCAUCACUGGGAGACAGAGCGUCCUGGUUCCUUAUGAGCCUCCCCAGGUGGGGACAGAAUUCACCACCAUUCUGUACAAUUUCAUGUGCAACUCGAGCUGCGUGGGCGGAAUGAACAGGCGCCCGAUUCUCAUCAUCGUCACCCUGGAAACCAGAGACGGUCAGGUUUUAGGGCGCCGUUGCUUCGAAGCCAGGAUCUGCGCCUGCCCGGGCCGAGAUCGCAAGGCCGACGAGGACAGCAUCCGCAAGCAGCACGUAACGGACGCCACAAAGAGCAGUGAGGGUACGAAACGCCCCUUCCGACAGGUUUCCCACGGCAUACAGAUGUCCACCAUCAAGAAGAGAAGAUCCACAGAUGAGGAAGUUUUUUGUUUGCCUAUUAAAGGACGUGAAAUCUAUGAGAUUUUGGUAAAAAUCAAAGAGUCGCUGGAACUCAUGCAGUUCCUGCCGCAGCACACAAUAGAGUCAUACAGACAGCAGCAGCAGAACCUCCUGCAGAAACAAACCUCCAUGUCAUCUCAGCCCUCCUUCGGCUCCACCUCGCCCACCCCCGGAAAGGUCAACAAGCUGCCCUCCGUCAGCCAGCUCAUCAACCCCCAGCAGCGUAACACGCUUACCCCGUCCAGCAUGUCUGGAGGCCUCACUGACAUGACUCCCAUGAUGGGCACUCACAUCCCCAUGAAUGCCGACAUGAGUUCACUGAGCCCCACACACGCCCUGCAGCCACAGCUGCCCCUGGUGCCCUCCUCCCACUGUACCCCCCCUCCUCCAUACCCCAUGGACAGCAGCAUCUCCAGCUUCCUUAUUCGGUUGGGCUGCGCCGGCUGCUUGGACUACUUCACAACACAGGGCCUAACCAACAUCUACCAGAUUGAGAACUAUAACAUGGAGGACCUGUCCAGGCUGAAGAUCCCCGCCGAGUUCCAGCACAUCAUCUGGAAGGGCAUCAUGGAGCACCGACAGGCUAUGGAUUUUUCCCCUCCUCCCCACAUAGUGCGCACCACCGGCAGCGCCUCCACCGUCAGCGUGGGCUCCUCCGAGGCGCGGGGCGAGCGCGUCAUCGACGCCGUGCGCUUCACCCUGCGCCAGACCAUCUCCUUCCCGCCCCGCGACGAGUGGUCCGACUUCUCCUUCGACCUGGAUUCGCGCCGCAACAAACAGCAGCGCAUCAAGGAGGAGGGAGAGUAAGACGCCGCCACCGCCGCUGCGUCCCCACUUGUCAUUUCACGCCUGCUGAUGAACAUUUCAUUUGAAAACCUGCUGUUUAGUGCAAAGCCUGCUGAGAACAAACAGACGCACUUACUUUCAUUUUGUCCCGCCAAGUUAUUUUAAAGGUGCUGAGCAAACGGUGCAUUUUUAGUUUUUUUUUUGUUUCUGUUUUACAUUUUAUUGUUAUGUUGUAAUUUCUUGAGAGCACUUAAGAAAUGCUGAGGACUUCCCAGAUUGCUUUGAGGUAUCAAGUGUUCACGAUUCAUUCCUGAGUCAAAGCGUGAAUGGAAAGGAACCGCGUUAGAGGGCUUUUAUUAGGGCUUGUGUUUCUGCUAUGGGCCGUAGCAAAAGUGUAUUUUAGUUUGUAACCCUUUUUUAGUCGAGUACACUGGUUUUCGCUCGUGGCAGGAGUCAUUUCAAACAUUUCUUCUCAGAAGUAUUACGUCAGCUGAUGAGCGAUUUGUUUUUCUGCUGUGUCUUCCGUAUUUUGCUUUUAAAAAAAAAUGUUUUUUCAUGUGUUGUGAGACCAACGCGUCGCCUUGAAAAGUCUGUUUGCGAAGUGUUUGAGUGCGUGCGUGCGUGUUUAAAUGAUGGUAUUUCAUUUGAUGUAGCCACAUAUAGGCCUAACACUCCACCCAGUGUUUCACAGUUAUGACUGAUGUCGUUUUAUUCUCGUUUAUUGCUGAGCAAAAGUAUUUUUUUGAUCUUUUGGUAGAGGAAACUGGAGUUAAAUGUAUAUAAAUUUGUAUAGUUCUGUUUUUUUUUUAAACUUGCUCUAAGGGAACUGCAUGAUUUCCUUUGGUAGCUUUAUCACUAAGAACAAUGUAUUAAUCAGUUCACAGGAGUACAUGCAGUGCGUCUGUGUGGACACAGGAUUUAGCCCAGCUUUCUCUCCAGUAGUCUGCAUUUGUUAGAAAGAAGCAGAAACCGACUGCAGUUUCAUAUUUUUGUACAAUGUAUUGUAAAUAUGUCUCAGUAUAUCGAGGGUAUUUUGAUAUAAAUCUGAAAUAAAUAUCCAUACUUGCUGUAUUGCAUGUUAACACUC